AAGAAGACAGGACUCCAGGCUGCUCCCCCUCCUGCUCUGUGCUAUGCUGGACCUAGAGAUGUGGCGUGUGAUUUCUGCACUGGGACCAGAAAGCAGAAAGCCCUCAUGUCCUGUCUGGUGUGUCUGGCCUCUUACUGUGAGAAUCACCUCCAAUCUCACUAUGAAUCUCCUGCUUUGAAGAGGCACAAGCUGGUCAAAGCCACCGCACAACUACAGGAGAAGAUCUGCUCUCAUCAUGACAAACUGCUGGAGGUUUACUGUCGUACCGAUCAGCAGGGUAUCUGUUAUCAGUGUUUGAUGGAUGAACAUAAAGGCCAUGAUACAGUGUCAGCUGCAGCAGAGAGGACUGAGAAACAGAGGCAGCUGGGGAUGAGUCAGCAGAAGGUCCAGCAGAGAUUCCAGGAGAGAGAGAAGGAGCUGAAGGAGCUCCAACAGGCUGUGGAGUCUUUCAAGCGCUCUGCACAGGCAGCA